UCCUAAUUACAAAAGUUUGUUACCUUAAGGUUGCUGCUGCCCAUAUUCCCACUGUAAGAACCAAUACAAAACCCCAAGUAUUUGGAAAUUCCGAUUGCUACAACAAUGGAACUGGAAAAUGUUAGCAGCAGCAUGAUUACUACUGCUGACGAUAAGGAACGGGACGAUGAUGCCCCGCUUCCAGGGUUCAGGUUUCACCCGACUGACGAUGAGCUUGUGGGGUUUUAUCUUAGACGGAAGGUCGAGAAGAGACCGAUAAGUAUCGAGCUCAUCAAGCAGGCUGACAUCUACAAGUACGAUCCCUGGGAUCUUCCAAAAUCCAGUAACGUAGGGGACAAAGAGUGGUACUUCUUCUGCAAAAGAGGGAGAAAAUACAGGAACAGCAUAAGACCCAAUCGGGUGACGGGUUCGGGUUUUUGGAAGGCGACGGGUAUCGACAGACCCAUAUAUUCAUCGGGGGGAGAAGGCCGUGAUUGUAUUGGGCUGAAGAAGUCGCUGGUGUAUUAUCGUGGAAGCGCCGGAAAGGGUACCAAAACCGAUUGGAUGAUGCACGAGUUUCGCCUCCCGGCCUCCCACGACAAGAGGACCAAACACAUUGACAUCAAGAGCGUUGCUCAAGAAGCGGAAGUAUGGACCCUGUGCCGAAUAUUCAAGCGGAACGUCUCUUACAAGAAGUGUAUACCAGAUUGGAGAGAAAUUGCAGCCAAGAAGAGCACAAUCAAUCCAGCAGUUGAUGCCAGCUCCAAAACAUGCACACCUCAAGCCCCAUUCUCUGCUGCUUCCUCGUUUUCUGGCUCUAUUUGCGGUGACACUAACGACCUGUACUUAAGGCACACCGAUUGGGAGGAUCUCCGGUCCAUCGUCAACUUUGUUGCUGCUGAUCCCUUCUAUUUAUAA